CCAUCCUUGACAGCAUUUGGCGGUCUAACCUAACUUAAUCUUGCUGUCAAAAUACUACUGUAUUUCGGUAUUUUCAGAAUAUAAUAAAUAUUAAUAAAUAAAUUGAGUUUCUGAUUUAUGUGUACUUUGUAUGUAAAGAAAUUUUAAUUUAUUUUGUAAAUACCAAGACUUAUAAUUGUUUACAUUCAAGGAACGAACAUCAUAUCUAAUUUUUAAGAAUAACAAUUUACUCAAAAUGUCAAAUGAAGAUCCCACAUGUGUUAUAAAAAUGCUAAAAGAUUUAAGAUCUGGAACAGAAGCAUACAGACGUAGUACUGGAAUUCCAUUACGUUUGUCAAGUGAUUUAUCACCAUCAUCAAAAAGCAUCAAGGAGGAGGAGUGUAGAGCAUCUCCAAAACGUGUGAAAUUAGAAGAUUCUUUUAAUUCUUCCUCCACAGAUUUGGUACCUAAAAGUCCUUGGGAAUGGAGACGUUUAAAAGCCGAGAUGAUUUCAUUAAAAGCCAGAUUAUCUCAUCAAGAAGCGACAGUUGAACAAUUACAUAAAUUACGUCGAGAGAUGGAAGAGGUUUUUGAUAAAGAAAAACAUAUUUUAGAAAUGAAAAUAGAUCAAGACAAGCAAGUUAUAAAUCAAUUAGAAUUAAGAAUAGAUGUUGGACGACGAAAUUUACAAGAAGCACGUGAAUCACAAGCAGCGGCCGAGAAAGAUUUACUUCAAGUUAAAUCGAGAUUAGAACAUGAAAUUGCUGCAUUGCAAGAUGAAAAUUCGGAACUAAUAAGAGAAUUGAGAGAAAUAUCAGAGAGAGAAUCUUCAUUGUCACCAGAAAAAGACAAUAAUGAAAUGGAAGAAAUGCAAUUAAAAGUGGAAAUAUCUGAAACAAGAAUAAUUGAACUUGAAUUGAAAUUAAAAGAAUCAAUUGCUACUGAACAGGAAAUUGAAUUGCAAAAAGUUGAAAUACAAAAUUUAAAUAAUAAAAUAGAAAAAUUAGAAUCGGAACGUGCACUUUGGGAAGAAGGAAAACAAUUAGUAUUAAGAGCCGCUAAAGCAAGUGAUCUUGAAAAGGAAUUAAAUUUAGCGAGAGAAACUAUUGCAAAUUUAAGAGAAUCAAUAAGAGGAAAAUUAAUUCUCGAGGAGCAGAUUUCAACUCUUAAUCAAAGAACCGAACGUAUGACACAAUUGGAAGAAACUGUCUCUCAAUUACAAGUAAAAUGUGCCGAACUAUCGGAUCGUCUCUCUGAAUAUGAGUCAAUUGGAUUUACCGGCGGUCCCUCUGCCUUGAAGCGAGAACUUAAUCGCUUACAGCAAGCGGAGGCAGUUUUAACAGCUGAGGAAGGUCAACUUCGUUCAAAGGCCGAUGUUUCUGAAAGAAAAUGUCAAAGUCUCGAAGAAAAAUGGGAGGAAACAAAAAAACUCUUGUCUGACAAAUUAAUAUUGUGUGAAAGAAUGACAAAACAUAUUAGUAGAACUCAAAAAAAAAUGAUGCUUAUCACUAGGGAGAGAGAUAGCUAUCGACAACAACUUGAUCUUUAUGAAAAGGAAGUCACAAUUUCUGAUCCUAAUAAUUUAAUGGCAGAAAGAAUACCUUCCCUUGAACGCGCUCUAGAAGGUUAUAGAGAAUUAGUUGCUCGAUUAGAGUCAGAUUUAGAAAUUGUUGAUUUAGGAAAACAAAAAGACGAAUACAAAAAGCUGCAAGAUGAAAUUGAAAAAUUGAAAGGAGAACUUGAACAUCGUGCUUUGAAAGGCGAUUUUAAUUGUAAUUCGCGAAUUUUACAUUUUCGAAUGAAUCCCCAGGCAGUUGCUGAACAGGAGGCUGAAGAGAAACAAAAAGCUCUUUUACGUGAACUUGAAGAAUUGCGCUCAAAAGUUAAUACUGGUAGUACUGGAACUGUUGCAUCUUCUUCUCUACAUGCACAAGAAAUAGCAGAAUUGAAGCAGACUCAUGAAUUGAAGAUAACACGUUUAAAGGAGGCGUUUAAAGCUUCUACCCAAGAGUUUCGCCAGGCGUGUUAUCAACUUUUUGCUUGGAAAGUUGAUAGAACAAAAGAAGGAAUGUAUAAAUUGUCCAGUCAAUAUGCUGAUUCACCAGAUGAUUUUCUAUUUUUCCAAAUGAGCAACGAUGGUGUCAAUCUUUUGGAAACGCCAUAUUCUGGAACUUUGAAUAAUCUUAUCGAAAAAUAUUUACAAGUUCAACAAAGUGUUCCCAUGUUUCUCAAUGCAUUGCAGUCAGAAUUAUUUGAUCAACAAACUGUUAUGGACAUUUAUUCAGGUCUCUAAAAUAAAAAAAAAAAAAUCUCGAACUCUGAAUACAAUUUUUUUUUUCAAAUGAAUACUUUAUCUUAGAAAUAUUAUUGCAAAGUAAUGAAAAGUGAAUGAAAAAUUUAAAAACUUUGCUAGAAUUAAAUGAAUUAAAUUAUAAGAUAAAAUAUUCACAAUUAAUUGUAAAAAUUUUAUUUUUAAAUUUUUUCUUUAAAAAAUAUAGAAUUUAAAAAUUCUCAUAGAAUUUUUUAAGUUUAGAUUAGUUAAUUAAUAUUAAUUGUAGUUGUAAUAUUGGAAAUAAUAAUAAAUAUUGAGUAGAUUUUGUA